AUGGGUGGCUCCAAAUCACAAUACAACGACUACCGCGACUACGACUACGACGACCGCUACAAUGGCUUUGCCACGUCAAGUCAACAACCAUACGGAACAUACACACCCAGCGACCACCAGUCCGCACGACUGAACCUACACCCAAAUCCGUCCUUACCGCCGCCUCCACCGCCAACAUAUACCCAAGCCAUUGAAGAAUCAUCGGCCCAGUCAAGAGGAAAGGCCGCAGAAGCAGGCUAUCCUUACUCCCAAUCACUUUCGUCACCAAUCUCACCAAGCCUCUCCAUUUCCCCCUCCCGGUCACGUCUCCCAUCACCGACCUCGCCAGGCUCAUCGCUCUCUCGGUCCCCGUCACGCCUCCCCAAACCCAUCGCAAUCCCCGCAACGCUCGGCCAAUACGGCUCGCCCUUUCUGCGCGCCUACCCGCCCUGCCUGGCCCAAUUCCACAUCUCGCCGACGCUGUUUCUCUCCUUUCUGGACAACCUGAACCGAGUGGCCGUCAAGUCACCGCCCUUGACGGCGCUCAGUCUCGCCGGGAACCUCGUCGGCAUGGUACCCCUGGGCACGGCUCAGAUCGUCGGGGGCGCCGUCAAUCUCGCCGCCGAAGUGUCCGCCGGCGUGAUCCAGCACGGGCGCACUGAGAUAGAAUUGCGUCGCGCCAACACCGACAUCUUUCGACCGAGAGGUUUGAAAGUGGAGAUUGCAAAAACCGAGGCCCUGGCCAAGUUGGUCGGGAUGGAAGGUGUCUUUGACGCCGACGGAAAGCUCAACAAGAAGGCGAGGCUGUUGCUGCCUCUGGACGGCAUCGCGGCGGACGGCGGCGGCGGCGAUGUCAGCGGGCAGCAGCGGAGGCUGGACGCCAUGAAGCCCUGGAUCGCCGAGCUGGACAUCACACCGCUUCCCGAGAUCGACGUCCCCGCCAACGCGAUGAGUCGGCUGAACGUCAAGAUCAACGAGCGGGACAGGCGGAACGGGGAGAAGAAACUGAUCGAAAAGCGAAACAAGGUCCAAGGGCAGUACGAGAAGGAAGCGGGCAAGGCCCAGAGAGACUUUGACAAGGAGAUGGCAAAGAUCAACAAGGACCUGGACAAGCACCUCCGAGAAAUCGACGACAAAUUGGCCGAAGCCACGCGGAAGAACAAGUCCAGAGACGUCGCCAAGUUGGAAAGGGACAGACAGAGGGCGUUGGACAGGUAUCACAGAGAAAAAAGCAAGGAGGAAAAGGACUUUCAUAAAGACAUGAAAGAGGUCGAAAAGGACAGGAUGAAGGACGACAAGGAAGAGAAGAACAUGCGCAACCUCAACUGGCUGGUGAUAAGGAACUGA